UUAUUAUUUGAACGUUCAUUCAUGUAAAACUUCAAAUUAAAUCGGCUUGCAUUAUAAUUCAUUUCAUUUCUUUAGAUUGUGUUAUUGACUAGAUAUAUACGAUAAAUCAUAUUAGACAUGUCUUACCAGCUAUACAGAAACACAACAAUUGGUAACACACUUCAAGAAAGCUUGGACGAAUUGAUACAAUAUGGGCAGAUAACUCCAGCAUUGGCGAUUAAAGUAUUACUGCAGUUUGACAAGUCUAUCAACCAGGCACUCUCCAACAGGGUAAAAUCUAGACUCACAUUCAAAGCAGGGAAAUUAAAUACAUACAGAUUUUGUGACAAUGUAUGGACAUUUAUGUUGAAUGAUGUUGAGUUCAGAGAAGUGCAAGAGGUAGCUAAAGUGGACAAAGUAAAAAUAGUUGCUUGUGAUGGAAAAAAUGUGGAAGAUCGGAGGUAACCACAGAAGAAUGAUUUUAGUCUAAAUUAAAAACGAAAAUGUAUUAUAGGUGUUCCUGAAUAUGCAAAAAAUUAUAAAUAUUCCAUUAUUCACAGUGUGCAGUAACUGGUAUACCUUUGUAUUUAUUACAUAACUUCUAUACUACAUUUAUUUUCUCAUUUAAAAAGGACUUUUGAUGUAUAAAUAAAAUAUCUUAUAACUCUU